AUGGCGCGUGGUCAGGGCAAGAGCGGUGGCGCGCGCGGCGGCGCACCGGACUGGCUCAGCCCUCGGGAGGACGUGCCGGUGCAGCAGCAGCAGCGUGGAGGCGACGAGAAGCCGAGACGGCGCAGGAAGGGUGACGAGGACGAGGAUGAGCCUCCGAGCAAGGGCAUCCGGUGGGGGCCGAUCUUCUUCCUGAUCAUGAUGACUCUGCCCGCCGCGCUGCCGAUGCUGCUCGACGUGGUCGGCAAGCUGCAGGCGAUGGGCGUGAUCGACGUCCCCGACCCGUCGGCGGUCUUCUACCCAAACAAGUAUCGGCCAUGCCUGGUGGAGUACUAUGCCGACUGGGCGCCCGAGAAGCUGGGAGGGGUGGACGAUGCGCUCGCCAAGUACGAGGGCAAGGAGCGGCAGCUUUUCGGCAAGCUUCAUCGCAAGUACGGCAAGAAGGUAAACUUGGCCAACUGCAAGUAG